UAGUAUUUAUUAGUGUAAGUUAACUAUCUAAAAGCGGUCACACUGCACCGGCCAGAAAUAAAACAAACAAUUUGCAAAAUUGACCUUAUUUUGGACUUUUCCGAGGUAAUGUCGUUUCACUUGAGCACUAAGGAGCGUCUGCUGCUUUUGGUCGACGAUAUGGAGAUGAUUUCAAAAGAGCUGAUUGAGCAAGCGCAUCAAAAAAUAUCUAGCACAGAGUUAGCCGACUUGUUGGACCUUCUGGUUGCCAAAGACGAGGAACUUCGCAAAAUGCUUGAACUGGCCGAUGAGCAGGCCAAAGUGGAAGAUGCGAUGGAUAAACUUCGUGCCAAGGUUGAGGUGCAUGACAGAGAAAUUCAGAAACUUCAGAAAUCCCUAAAGGAUGCCGAGUCCAUCCUGUCCACUGCCAUUUUUCAGGCACGACAAAAAUUGGCCAGCAUAAACCAAGCUAACAAACGUCCAGUUUCCUCAGAGGAGCUUAUCAAGUACGCCCACCGUAUUAGCUCCGCCAACGCUGUCAGUGCCCCGCUCACAUGGUGUAUCGGAGAUUUGCGGCGUCCGUAUCCAACAGAUAUUGAAAUGCGCAACGGUCUUCUCGGCAAGUCGGAACAGAACUUAAACGGGGGACCCGUUACACAUCAGAACAGUGGAAUGGCCUCAGAUCAGCAGCGUAACUUAGGGAGCAGUGGAAGUAGCAGCGGAGCCGGUGCCAGCGGCGAGGUUCCAAACUCCUAUCAAAACCAAUUCAACUGGAACCUGGGCGAGCUUCACAUGACCAUGGGCGCUUCAGGAAAUACAGUAGCACUAGAGACUCGCGCCCAAGACGACGUUGAGGUGAUGUCUACGGACAGCUCAAGCUCUAGCUCUAGCGACUCUCAAUAGGACCAGAGUGUAGUGUAUCUUACCAUAAAUAUAAGCUUAUAUUUAGUAUUAUUAAAGGCGCUUUGUUAGUAAAAUGGCAUUUAUAUAAAAA